UUGGAUUUCGAUCGGGAAGGACUAACAAAAUUAAAGAAGGCAAUAAAAGCAAUACACAAUUCCGGAAAUGCACACGUGGACAACGAGAUGUAUUUGUCGCGGGCACUGGAGCGGCUGGGCGGUAAUGCGCUCAGUAAGGACUCGGAGCCAGAUAUAGGCGCCGCGUUCUUCAAGUUUGCAGUCGUCACCAAGGAACUCUCCGCACUCAUGAAGACUUUGAUGCAGAAUAUAAACAAUAUAGUCAUGUUCCCAGUGGAUAGUCUAUUGAAAGGUGAUCUCAGAGGUGUCAAGGGUGAUUUAAAAAGGCCAUUUGAUAAAGCUUCCAAAGACUACGAGUCCAAGUACCUGAAAAUUGAAAAGGAAAAGAAAUCACAGGCGAAAGAAGCCGGACUUAUAAGAACAGAAGUAACACCGGCCGAAAUAGCUGAUGAAAUGGAAAAAGAAAGGAGAUUAUUUCAAUUGCAAAUGUGCGAGUACCUGAUAAAAUUCAACGAGAUAAAGACGAAGAAGGGUAUCGAGUUACUGCAGCACCUUGUGGAGUAUUACCACGCACAGACGAACUACUUCCAGGAUGGGCUGAAGACGAUUGAACAUUUUGGUGUGUACGUGGCCGACCUUAGUUCCCAGUUGCAACGAAUUCGACAACAGCAAGACGACGAACGUCGCGGUCUGCUAGAGCUCAGGAACAUGCUGCGAGCAGCAGCACCGCCUGACAGAGAGGUGACAUCAUCAGUGGGGGGAUAUUCAUUGCACCAGCUUCAAGGUGACAAACAACACGGUGUGACGCGGAGUGGGUAUUUGUUAAAGAAGUCGGAAGGCAAGGUGCGUCGUGUUUGGCAGAAACGACGCUGCAGAGUGGCAGCCGAGGGUUACCUGGAUAUAUUCCACGCUGAUGAGAACAAACCACCAGCAAGAGUUAACUUACUCACCUGUCAGAUUAAAGUCGCCUCCGAUGACAAGAGGGCGUUCGAUCUAGUCUCUUAUAAUCGCACAUACCAUUUUCAAGCGGACGACGAGAACGAGCAGCGCGCUUGGACUUCAGUACUGGUGAACUGUAAGGAAGGCGCGCUGCUGCGGGAGUUCCACCAGCAGGCGGGCGAGGGCGGGGGCGGGGGUGAGGCGGACGGGGAGGGGCACUCGCUGCUCGACCUGCAGCGUGCUAUCAUACGAGCAGUGCGCGCGUUGCCUGGCAACCACGUGUGUGCUGACUGCGGCUCCACUAAUGAUGCCACGUGGCUCUCGACAAACUUCGGGAUAAUAGUAUGCAUAGAAUGUUCUGGAAGUCACCGCGAGCUGGGCGUGCACAUCUCCCGCAUCCAGUCGCUGACGCUGGACAAGCUGAGCACGGCGCAGCUGCUGCUGGCGCGACACAUGGGCCGCGACUCCGCCGAGCGACUGUCUGAGGUGCAGCACGCCGUCAACAACGCGCAGCUGCACAAUCUGCUGCAGGCGUAUGCCGAGGGCGCGGAUCUCGCCGCACCGUUGCCAUGCUCGGACGGUGGAGAAACGGCACUCCAUCUAGCGAUAUCACGUGAGCUCGGCGAUGGGUCUUGCCUACAUAUAGUAGACUUCCUGAUCCAGAAUGGCGGGUCCCAGCUGUUAGACAAGGCGACGACGUCUGGCAUGACGGCGCUGCACCUGUGCGCCAUGUUUGACAGGACGGAGCCCAUGAAACUGCUGCUGAAGGCAGGCGCUGACGUCACGCUGAGAGACAACAGCGGCAGGACUCCGCUCAUGCUGGCGCGACAGCUGGGACAUCUCGCGUGUCAGGAGUUGUUAGAGAGUGUGGACAAAAGAGAGAAGAGUAUUUUCGAGAAUAUUAACAUAGAUUGGAAUCUGUCACACGACGACGGCUCCACGGACUUCUCAGAUGAUGACACUGUUAUAGACGAGAGGCAUAACGGUAGUAUAACGCCUGAGAAGAAGUGUCCGCGGUCGCGGCCGCCGUCAUACGCGGGCGGUGCUGGUGGUGGGGGCGGGGCCGGGGGCGGAGCGGGGGGCGGGGACUCUCCCGUGCUGCGCUCGCGUUCCUCCACAUGCGACUCGUUGCACGCCCCGCCCACGCCCACCACGCUGCCGAGGAAACCUAACGUCUAUAAUAUCGGGAGUCUAAAGAAGCGCGCGGCGCCGCUGCCGCCCGCGGUGGCGCUGUCACACGCGCCGCACCCCGCGCAUGCGCAUCCGCCCCUGCCGCGCUCCACGCCCUCGCCAUCCGCAGACAGCACGCGCUCUAUACACGGAGGUCUGGUGAAACAUCGUCCGCAGCAGCCGCCGCCGACACCGCCGCCCGUGCUGCACAACGGCGCGCAUCAUCGGGACGAGCCCACCCCGCCCCCAAGAAAGAAGAAAAAUAGAUUGCACCUGGAAAAGGCUGUCAAUGCGAAACUGAAAAGGGAUUGUUCUAGUCAGGACUCAUCUCUGGAGCUGUGCGACGUGUCGGAUGUGUGCGGGGGCGGGGUCGGGGGCGGGGAUGGGCGUGUCGUGGGGCUGGGGGCGGGGCGCGCGCGGCGCAGCGACAGUCGCUCGCUAGAUGUCUCUGAUGCAUCCAGUGUGCACUCGCGCUCCCCAUCCACAUCCAUUACAAUGAUGGGCGGUGGCAUGCGUCGUUGCCGUGCGCUGUACGACUGCUCUGCGGACAACGAGGACGAGCUGUCGUUCCGGGAGGGCGAGGUGAUCGUGGUCAUCAACGAGCGCACGGAAGACGACGACUGGAUGGAGGGCCAGGUGGAGGGCACGGCGCGACGCGGCAUGUUCCCCGUCUCUUUCGUACACAUGCUGCCGGACUAGGCCGCGACAAGGACGGACAGAUCUAGCGCACAAUGUGGUCAGUAAAGUGUUCAUAGAACUAUGUAUGGCUUAUCUCGUACGAAGGUAAUGUUCGGAUUAGAUUUUAGUAGUCGGAGUUUUAGUAUUAACUUCCAAAGAAACACUAUCUACUAUCUCCUUCGAAUUUUUAAUAUAAUAACGAUUUUAUAUGCCGUAGCUGGAAUUAUAAAAGCUACUAAAAGGAAUUGCAGUUAACUUCAAAGCUCACUUGGCCUAAAGCUUUCGGAAUUCAUUUAUGAGCUUAUUUACUCUAGCAUUGCAACAUGUUCUUAAACUUGCUCACUUUUGCAUGACAUUUUUAUGUAAACAAAUAUCUACAUAGUUUUUUUUUACUAUUUGACGAAAUACAAACAGUAUUAACUGGUCCAAAUUGAGUAAAAAUCACAAUAUGACCGUAGUAAUAGUUAUA